CUUAAAUUGAAGWUAUGACACUUUGUGACAACUGCUGCUCUAUAGAUACAUUUGAUUGUUUAUUUUUUUUCUCAUCUCAUCUGUCCGUCUCUGUCAAUCUACUUAGUUUGUCGAUAUCUUUCUGGGCCAAGUCAAACAGAGACGUUUUUUUAACAUGACUUUUAGACUCUUUAGUCAAACUCCCCACUAAAACAAACAGUCAGCUACAGUACCUGGAAGGCUGAGAGGCUGUGAUAUACAGAGUGAGGUCUUCAGGUCUUACACAGCAGGUUCAUUCACCAUAGUCUCUCAUGUCCAAUCACAGUCAUGGACUGGGUCUAUUCAAAACUGGUGAGUCUACUGAUGUUGUUUCUAUGGUUGUUUAUGGCUAAUUUUCCAUGUCACCCCUGCUUGGAUUCAAGCUGUUGUAAUAUUAUUAAACAGAUGUUCAGUUACAGUGAUUUACACCCAUAUUAUGUAUGGAUUAUGAGAUCAUGACUUAUUUUAUGAUCAGACACACUUAGUCUCAAAUCUCCCCUUCCCCCUUCCCCAUAUAGUGUGUGUCCAGGCUGCUGGGUGUGUCUGUGUGUGAGUUUUGGGUUCCAGUUUCUUCUGCAGUGAUUGGCUGUGGGGAACCUGAACCGUUACUGAAUGGAGGGGUGAUGUUCAUAUCUGGCUCUCAGAACCAGCACCUCUCAGUCAUUCAGUACCACUGCAAUGAGCCGUUCUAUAGUCUUUCUGAAGGAGAUAACGGUGAGACUAAAAUCAUCCUUAUAUUCUUCACAAGAGUGACAUCUAUUUUCAACCUGCAGGUCUCUUUUGUAAAUUAAACAACUACAACUAUUCAAUGCCUAAUGCAUGUAACGUGUAAUGACAUCUCUGUCACGCAUGUUCAUCAGGAAACUUCACAUGCUCAUCAGAAGGAAAUUGGAAAAACCACCUGAACAGCUCACUGAUUCCUCAAUGUAUCCCAGUGUGUGGGUGUCCUACAGUGAACCUUCCAGGAUUUUGAAGGAUUUUGGGGGGAAAGCCAGCUCCAGCUGGAUCCUUCCCCUGGCAGGUGUUGCUGAUAGUAAAUGGAAGAGGAGGAGGGAUAGUGAUUGGGGACCGCUGGAUCACGACUGCAGCACAUGUCCUGGGUCAAUUUCCCAUGCGGUUUCCUAUGGUGAGGUAUAUGUUGGGGAAAACAAUGUGGAAAACCUUAUCCAGUCUCCACCUCUUGAGGUCACCCCUCUCCGUAUUCACCCUGAAUACAACAAUGUAGACGAUGUAAUCUACGACCAUGACAUCGCCAUGAUCCAUCUCAAACAUCCAAUCACAUUCAAUGCUCAUAUCAUGUCACUUUGUCUGCCAGCAAAGGACGAUAAAUACCAGACUGGGCGGAAUGGCUUAAUUUCAGGAUUUGGCCUCAAAGAGCUUGAAAUGGCUACCAAUAACCUCAAGUAUGUUCCUCUACCUGUGGUGAACCAGACAAUCUGUAGAAAAUCUAUUGAGAUAGACUGACAUUUCUUUCCUUUUUCACUAACUGACAACAUGUUCUGUGCUGGGAAUUCUGAGGGAGGCAAGGACUCCUGUAUGGGGGACAGUGGAGUAGUGUACAUCCUGAAGGAGGGUGAUUAUUUCUGGGCAGCAGGGAUUGUCAGCUGGGGGAUUAACUGUGGAGAGCCUAGAACAUAUGGGGUCUACACCCGUGUGGCUAACUACGUAGACUGGAUCAAGAGMACGAAGAGCAAAAAACAAUAGUAAUGGACCCAAUGUGGAAUCUGAACCAUUGCUGAGAGGAGAAGAGACAUUUUGUUAUUUUCCUGAUCCACCAGUCUGUGGAAGACCCAUGGUGUCCAUAGAAAUACACCAGAGGAUUKUGGGAGGAGAGGUAGCUCCAAAAGGAACAUUUCCCUGGCAGAUSCUUCUCAGUGUGGAAGGAGGGCGAUCAGGAGGGAUGGUCAUCGGGGACAGYUGGAUCCUGACUGCUGCUCAUGGUCUGGUGCAUCAACAUAACAACCAAGUCAUUAAGAAGAGUAGUUCCCAUACAAUUGCGAGUGUGUCUGCCUGCAAGGGUGCUGAAUACUCCACUGGAAGAGUUGGCUGGGUUUCAGGGUUUGGCCUCAAAGAUGAUGAUGAAAAGCCCAGUAACCUCAGGUAUGUCCGGAUUCCCCUGGUGGACCAGGUGAAGUGCAGAAGCUCUAUUGAUGAGGCGAGGAAGAAGAAGAGAGAAGCCCCUGAUUUGACAGAUGGCAUGUUCUGUGCUGGGUUACCAGAUGGUGGAAAGGACACCUGUGCAGGGGAUGGUGGAGGGCCGUAUGUCCUGAAGUAUGGGGGAGUUUUCUGGGCAGCAGGGAUCGCCAGCUGGGGAAUUGACUGUGGAGAGCCAGGCCAAUAUGGGGUCUACACCCACGUAGCUAACUAUGUAGAUUGGAUCAAGAAGACCAUGGAGGAGAAUGGAAAUUAGGGCUGUAUAAAUGAUGCAAGAAAUGUUUGAGUUUGUCAAGGAUAGCAGCAAAUAUAAAAUAUACAAAUUAGAUGUGUUUUUUAUUGAAUUAAGUAUUUUCUUUAACUGAAGCAUAUUAAAUACAUUUUAAGUCUGUUUUUUAACAUCACAUUAUUUUUAUUAUCAACUGUAUAGCC